CUUGGAUCAAGCCACAGAAGUCCAUUCUCAGCGACCUGAAGGAAGGCAGGACUCCGUUGACAGGAACAAUUCACGAGCUCAGCGAACUUACCAAGAUGACCGGAUCGCUGGACUUCAUUGGUCUGGCCAUGCACACUGUCUCCCAAAAUCUUACAGCGGCAUUCGAAGAUUUCAAGCAGCAUAAGGACGCAGUGGAUAUGAAAGGCGACAAAACCUUCCUCAAGCUCGCUCACACGACAAGUCAUACGCAAAAACUCAUCGACGCUCUCACAGACCAAGACGCCGCCUAUCGACACGAAGUGGUAUUAUACGAAGAACACGGCAUCGCAGACCUCGCCGAAACUUUCAACCAUACCCUCACAAUCCUCAACAACGGCACAGGCUUUGGCAUCGCAGCUCUCCAAAUCGCCCUCCACACAAUCCCCUACGGAUCGCAAUCAAGCCUCUCCUACAACAUCCUCCAACAAUACCACCAAUUCUUCAAAACCCAAGAACAGAAUCUCCAAAUCGCGGUCUUUCUAACCACAGAGUCGAAACUCAGCAUUCAAGAAAUGAUAUCCGACCUCAGUCACCUCCACCGCCAUCUCACGACCCUCUCCCACGAACGCAACCGUCUCUGCCCUCACCAGCUAUCCGCACUCUGUAACUUCAACCCAACCCACCACCUCUCCCACCUCAAACCCCAACUCACCGCUUUACACUGGCUCCACUCCACCCUCCAAACCUCCGAAUUCCGCUACAAAAAUUUGUAUUCGCAAGUCUACGGCUCUCGGAAAGACUUCGAAACCGAGGUCGAGAGUUACGAGCGUUGGUGGAUGGGGAAUCGGAAAAUUUUGUCGGUGGGGAUUUUACGGAGAAUUUUGGAGAGGGAGGAGGUGCAGAUUCAGAGGUUUAUGGAGUUGGGGUUUGAGAGGAGGAAGGUUGUGGAGGGCGUUUAUGAGUAUAUGAUGGGGAGUCAGGAAACGUAUGAUGAGGUUAGGUGGAAAUUGGAGGGGGCUAUGGAGGGGAAGGGGAAGGGGAAGGGAGGAGAUGUAGAUGGGUGGUGGUUGUGAGUUUUUUUUUUUUGGUGGUAUGUACAAGUUGGAAAUAGCGGUGGAUCUACAUACAGCUAGAUCAUAAUAUUUUUCCUGCUU